CAUCUUUCAUUUAACAUUUUUUCAAAUCAGAACAUCAAUAUCCAAUUAUAUUACAUUAAUAUUUUUAACGCAAGCAAUUUUCAUUAAAUGAGCAAAUAACGCUAUGGAACUUAAGACAAUCUUUAGAAUCGUAGAGCUGGUAAUAUGCAUUGUGCUCUUAGUCCUUUGGUAUGCGUUGAGCACAUACGCGACGCGGGUUAUGAUCGUGUGUGGCACCAUUUUUGGUUUCACCAUAAUAACCUCUGUGCUGGUGGCACUUGAAUUUCUGGAAUUCAAUCAGGUGGCAGUUUUCCUAAUUAUUGGCGCCAUUUUGAGUCUCGUCUGUGGUGGCUUAACUAUUGCCUAUGUACCCUCAUAUGGCGAUGGUAGGCUAACAUAUUUUAUAGCAACUGGUCUCUUCAUUGGUAACGGUGUAGUGUUUUUAAUCGAUUUCAUUAUGGAAUUGAAAAAUUAAUUUGUAAUUAAUGCAUUUGUAUGAGGCAAAUCUGUUUGUAAGAUUUUUUGUCUGAUGCGUAUGAGAAGAGAGCGAACAAAGAAGAGAUAACUGAGAGAACAAAAUUGUAAAGAAUAUAAAUUAUGUAAAUGUAUUGUGUUAUUUAUAAAUAAAUAAUAAUUUGCGCAAGA